CACCGACGACAUCAGUGAUCAGUUGUGCCAAUGCCACGACGGUCCCACGGUGGAUGUAUCGUUCGUUCUUUACGCGCGCCAAGGAUGUUUUAAUAAAAUAAUUCGGCAGCGUCACGCGGUUGAGUCUCUUCGUCUGGACGUUCUCUCCCGACCAACGUAGUUUCGAGCGCGGUGGGCGCGUUACUUGCGACAAAACGUCGUAACGUCGGCUUCGUGUUCCGGUAGUCCGCCAUUACUGGCGUGCUCCCGCGGCAUACAGUCCGGCGUACCAUCCGGCUUCGUCGCGGAGCUGAAAUCCUUUAUCCCGUGAGUGCGGUCAGGAGGUUCUUUCAACAAUAAUCAUGGCACGGAGCCGAAAGGACAGCACGGGUAAGAGCGACUCCGAAGCUACGGAUAAGGAGAACAAGAAGGAGAGAGGCAGAGAGAAGGAACGGAAGAAACGGGCGGCAUCUUCUUCCAGCAGUGGAUCUAGCUCAUCAGAUAGCAGUUCAGGAUCUUCAAGCUCUAGCAGUGGCAGUAGUUCUAGAUCAAGCUCCUCUUCCAGUAGUUCAUCUAGUAGUUCUGCUAGCUCUUCAGCCAGUUCCAGGGAGCGAGGGAGAAAGAGAAGUCGUAGCAAAAGCGUCGAUGCCUCGCGGAGACAUGACAAUAAGGAGAAGGAGAGGGAUAAAGAAAGAGAAAGGGAAAGGGAUAGGGACAAGGAUAGGGAUCGCGAUAAAGAGAGAAAGAAAGGAAAUAAUGCUGUUCCCGAAAAAGCUAAACAAAAAGCACGAUCCAGAUCUCCCUCCCCACGUAGGAAGCGUAGAGAGCGUUCGCCGAUUCCUAGGCCAACAAAAAUACACAUCGGCCAUCUAACACGGAACGUCACCAAAGAUCAUGUCAUAGAGAUAUUUUCCGCGUAUGGUCAAAUAAAGAUGGUUGACUACUCUUUGGAUAAGCUUCAUCCCAAUCAGGGUAGGGGAUUUGCCUAUGUCGAAUUCGAAACAGCGGAUGAAGCCGAAAACGCGAUGAAACACAUGGACGGAGGGCAAAUAGACGGCCAAGAAAUCACGGCUGCUCCAGUAUUAUUGCCGAAGCCCCGACCGUUGCCGAUGCGCCGUAUGUCGCCGGGCAUGGGUAGGCGCGCCCCACCACGAUGGGGAGGCGGUGGUAGAAACACCCCGCCACGUUAUCGCAGACGUUCGCCGCUCAUGAAUCGCCGUAGAAGCCCGCGACCACCGAGGCGCAGGAUAAGAACUCGAUCGCGAAGUCCACCGGGGAACCCUCGACAUCGACACCGUCGUUACACAAGAUCCAGUUCGAGUAGUUCUCGAUAAUGAUUUUUCAUUGCAUUGUAUAUACAAGAUAUCGAACUAGAUAUGACCAACAUUGUCGUGCAGUUGUGCUACUGCACUGAAAAAAAGUAAUGUGUAACGAUUACGUCUUAAUAAUGAUAAGGUACGUUCGCCAAUGGCGAUCAUAAACUCUCGUUUAUAUAUAUAUCACAACAGUUUCAUGUUUCGUCAAAGCACACUUUUGAAAUAUAUUAAUUUCGCAACAUGUA